GCCCGUGGAUACUGACAUGGCGGCAGAGGACGAGGGAGAACGCGGGAGACGGGAGGUUGCUGAGGAGAACGAAAAAACAGCAAAGGAGUGAGGGACGGAUUACUUGAUGGAGGGUGAAAAUGUCAAGUGGGGAUAUUUUUUAUGACAAGAUUCACUUCCGGCAUGACCCCAAAUGGAGCGGCCGCCUGGGCCCUGCAGAGGGGGGCGGGCAGCUGCUCUGUGUGGCAUGUGUCAUCGAAAUGAUCGAGAGCGAAGAUAUUUCGUCGGCGAGGAAGUCUUUCGCCUUGAUCGGUAUCUUGCAGGUGCUGAGAUGUUCCCCGGGGGCCCUGAGAGAGCUGCUCCGGCAGGACAGCAGCGUCUCUCUGCGUUUUACAGCCUCUCUAUUGGGGAUGCUUCACACCGUGGAGGACCAAGCCACUCUGGAAAAGGUUGACCAAGUGCUGGUCCAGCUGCUCCUGGAGCUGCAGAGCGAGGUGUCGUACCGCUUCGUUUUGGACGAGAUAACCAACCAGCUGAACGAUCGGCUCGGCGUGAAGGAUUUCCUGCCCACCUUCAACUUCUUGGGAAACCUGGUGGAAGCAGUUCCCAACACGGCCAACAGCCUGGUGACUCAGUACGGGCCCUUGCAGGAGCACCUGUGCUCGGCCCUGCUCUACCCAGACGAAGCGCUGAAGGCGUCGGUCGUGUACGUUUGGCUCAAACUGUUCAGGACAGCCGGCGCCUCCGCGGCUCAGUCUCUGCCCGUCGCCAUCAGGGACCGAGUGUGUAUGCUGUUGCUGCAGACUUUGGCCAAUGCCAGCUCCCCCAAUCUCACCAGAAACUGUGUUGGUCUGCUGUGGUCGCUGGUGCAGCUGCCUGAGGCCGUGUCAGUUUUGAUGAACGGCAAAAGGGAUCAGACCCCGUGCCAUGAGAACCAGAGCGUCCCCACCGGCAGCGGCCAAAACCAAGAGCAACAGUCCCCCGACCAGUGCCCUCUGCCUCUCAUGCUGAAAAAGGUCUCUGUCCAAACAUCCUUGUAUUGCAUUGGUCCUGUUCAUUCCCAGUGCAGUGCUCCCUUCAUCCAGGCCGACGUACCUGAGUUCCUGUUUGACCGUCUGGCCAGCAGUAACAGUGAGGUGAUGCUGUGGUCUGCCUACAGCUGUUUGCUGCUACUGACCGAAGACCCUCUCUUCUUCUCGCAGUGCCACUCGGUCUACGGUAUUGAGUCCCUGGUGCGCAGUCUGAAGGAGGCUCUGCAGUUGACCAACAUGGAAGUGCCGAAACAAGGUCUGCUGCUCCUCACGGAGAUACUGGAAAGGCAGCCCCCGUCCGAGCGGCUGUUUCCCAGUGCCUCGGGCUUUGAGGCGGUGUCAGAGGCGGUGUUAGGUGGAGUCUCCUCCUCCUGCCUGCGGGUAACCACGCACGCUGCCAGCGCUGCAUCGGCCCUGUUCAGACUGAACCACCAAUCCAGACCUGUCCAGUACGGGAAGAUAGUGGCAUUGAUCGAGGCAAUCACCAACAAAUUCUCAGCGCUGCCGCAGCACUCUGCCGCUGCCCAUCGAAGCUCUAGGAGUCUGAAGAGGUUCAACCCCAGCAGCGAGGCUUCCACUUGUGAGGGCUUUCUGCUCCAGUCCAUGAUCUGUUUUCAGGCUGCCUGCAGGUUGGCCGAGGAGUGUUUAUCAGAGCCUGUUCUGAAGGAGAACACGUUCACGGCCCCAUCAAAACACGGCCAUGCUGAGGACUCACUGGAGUUUCUCUGUCAAUGUCUGCUGUGCUGCUGCGACUCUGUCUGGAUGCCAACCGUCAUUAGGAUGUGUGAGCAUGCACCCAACGCUCAGAUACUGCAGUACUUCUACUCCGUCCUCUCCUCUCAGUUCACCCUGUGUCCGUCUCUCAUGCCUGCCUUUGCAAAUAAGCUUGCGUCCUCUGGUUUCUUCAGGCUGCCUCUGGAACACAAAAGUCUCCUCUGCGCAGGGAACAGGCACCCGUACCUGAAUAUGUCCUGCUGUGGUUUUCUUCAGAAACUCAUCAAGUGUCUGCUUUAUCAGUCAGACCCUGAUUCUGAUUCCUGUCAGCAUGAUGUGGAGGAGGUGGAGAAUCUUCUGCUGUACAACCUUCCCGCUCUGUGCUGUCGUCUGUCAGACUGGCCGUCUCUGCUGCGUGAGGCGCCGGGCCUCCAGCUGUGUGACUACAAAGGGCUGAGAGCCACCCAGUACUGCCUGGUGAUAAUGCUGCAGCUCGCGCUGCAGCAGGGAGACAGACUUCUCCCGGAGCAGACGGCGUUCUCCAGCGUGAUGUGGCUGCUGCAUUCGGUGGAGGCGCAGGCCGGCAGUGCCCUGCCUCGCUUCGUGCUCCGCUCUGCCCUCUACCUGCUGGCAGUGACGCAGGAUAAGAGCCCCACCCUCGACGCGGCUCCUCUGAACUGCAUCAGCAAGGCACUCUCCUCCUGCCAAAGCUUCCCCUCCCUCUACAUUCGCCAUCCUGCUCUCCUGCACUUCAUCUGGCGAUAUCCAGGUCUAGCAGAGAAAUACGGGCCUCUGGUCCUGGAGCUGUGGUUGACCAAGAAAGCUCAGCACAGAGAUGCAGAGCCGACCCCGGCGGCCACUGCGGUGAGGAGAGAAAGCCAUGCAGACGAAGAACACAGAACAGGCACGGAACAGGAGCCAGACACCGAGACCAUGGAGCUGCUGACUCUGACUGAGGACCACCCGGCUGUCAUGUUGACCCUCCUGGACAUGGUUUGCAGCAGGGAGGCGAGCCUGGCAGGGCGAGCCCUGGCUGUGCUGGAAGCUCUUAUUUGUCGUCAAAGAGACUAUGACGCUGACUUGUGUGCCAACCUUAGGCCAGCCCUGCUGCAGGCAUUAAAGAUGCUCAGCGUGAACAUGGGACAGGAGCUUGGACAGGGACACACAGCACAGGCAGUGAACUCACUCCCUCUGGUGCUGAAGCUGCUUUGUGCGAUGCAGGCCAGCGACCCGCCUUCAUCUUCCUCCUACAGUAAGAUGGACGGAGUGCACUUCAAGCUGCUCUAUCACGUGAGUAACAUCGCAGGGCGGCUGAAGCCUACCGACACGGGGAGCCUGCUGCCUGCCCUCAGCUACCUGUACUGCUGCCUGAGUCUCUCCCCAGCACACUGCACUGACAGAGCUGUCACCGUGCUGCUGUCCAACAGUGGACUGACGGACCAGCUGCAGGCGGUCUUCUCCUCGUCCUCCUGCCCUUCAUCCUCUCCUCCAUCAGCCUGUCCCCCCUCAGCGCUGCUGUGCUGCAGCCAUCUCCUCCUGUCCUCGCUCAUUACCUUGCAGCGCGUUCACUCGGCUCAGGUCAAAAAGAGCAUCGGCUGGAGUCUGAACGCAGCCGUGCACCGACUUCUUGUUCAAAAACGGAACACAGACAAUCUCUUGCUGGUCAGCUACCUGAAUUUGCUGCAAGUUCUCCUUGAUGCCGACCUGGCAUCAGCAGUGGUGCGUCUGAGUACUGGUCCUGGCCUGGUCGGUUCCAGACCUCUGGGGGUGGAAGAUGGCGCGUUGUACCCGCUCGGCUCCAGAGGAACCCAGUGCCUCUCGACUGUCCUCAGUGGACUCCUUCUGCAGAAGCACGAGCUGUUGCUGAGAGCCUCGGUCAACUGUCUAAGCUCCCUGCUGGGCUUCCUGCAGAGGAGGAGUCCCCCUACAGAAAAGUACGUGGCGAAUCAGCCAUAUAGUCAAUUCCUCGUCUACUUCCUGCUCAGCUCAGGGGACAGCUCCUGUCUGCACCCUGUCACUCUCAGGCUCAUCUCACUGCUCCUGCAGCACGGCGGUACUUCAGUACCGUUAGAGCCUUGCCUCCACCAGGUGAUGGAGGCGGCAGAGAGGGGGAGGCGGGAGGUGCUUAGUGAGGAAUCAGCGCAGGCCCUGAGGCUGCUUCUCUCACAGAUCCAGAGCACUGUCCCGGGGCCGCUGAUGAAGCAAAGAGUGACGGCUGUGAUGGAGUCCCUCGACCUGCAGGCGCCGGCCGAGAGCUGCAGCCCCGGUCGGCCCGGCAACGUUGUGCGCAUCGGAGACGUGUCCAUCUUUGACUUUACCGUGAAGGCCGGCUCAUGUCCCGGGACACUGAUUUUUCUCGUGGCUGAUAUUGUUACGCCAUCAAGUUGGCAAUCGGUUUCAUUGUUCACUUUUUGCUACAUACGUUUACUACAUUGCUAGUGUGUUGUGCGUUAUUCACUGGAAGUAUUUUGAGAGUAUUUCAAGUUUCAACAGUUUGCGGUUUUGGUGGACUCUUUGUUCAUUAAAGAUCAAAAAGACA